AUGGGUGUAGACCUUAUUCAUCAGCUGGGCCUUUCGGGUCGCAGAGACAUACACUCUUCCGGGACACCUUACCUCUCCUCCCUUGCUUCAUCUCUGUCCAUCCUGCCCCCUGGUUUUGGGGUUGUCCUCAGACAGGAUUCCCUUAUUGAGGCCCCAUCAGUGGACCUGAUCCCCGCAGGCGUGGAGGAGGAGUUUUCUAUCAUAGUGAGUUUAAGCUCCUGGCGAGCGAACAAUGCCUUUAUUUUUAGUGUGCGGGAUGGCAGGGACAGACUGCAGUUCGGCUUGCAGCUCCGGCCCGGAAGGGUAGUGGUUUACACGGGAGAGAAAGCGUCAAUCUACUUUAAGUACGAUGUUCAAGAUGGACAGUGGCACUCCUUCUCUGUGGGGGUCCGGCCACGCUCCGUAUCUUUCUAUGCACGCUGCGGGGCUGUGCAGUAUGGCGAGGAAACGCUGACCCGUCCACAGACGUUGAGCUCUGAAGGCCGCCUCUCUGUUGGAAGGAUGGACUCCAGGAUGGUGCAGUUUGAAGGAGCAUUAUGCCAGCUGGAUAUUUACCCCUCCGCCCAAGCUGCGGUGCACUACUGUGACUAUGUUAAAAAGCAGUGCAGACUGUCCGACACCUUCCGAUCUCUGUCAGGGAGCUCAGAGUCCCCAUUUCCAUCAGUUUCACCUUCCCCAAAGUUCCACCGCAGCUCUUUGGAUUCACACUCUCAGAGAUUUAUCCCAACUCUUGCUGAUCACUCCACUACGGCCACCAACUCUAUUCCCACAGCACUUUUUGACCAGUUUUCAACCACAAGCUCUCCAAUGUUUCGCUCCAACACACCUAGGCACAUGAACCCAUCGUCAAGACCAUUCAGCAAGGUGCAAUCCCUCUACUUCACUCCAGAGACUUCCACGAGCAACCCCACAACAGACAAGAACCUUGAUGGUGAAAAUGUCACUGAGAAUCAGCUACUUCUCAAGAAGCCCAGAGCAACUCGGGCCACGCCGGAUUUGAUCACCAUCAUCAAGCAGAGCCAUUUGAAAGAGGCCUUGAGGAAUGACGAUAGAGCCCACCAAUUCAACAAAGAGCUACUCCAGACCAAUCCUAAAGUGAACAGCACCAUCCUCUACCGUGAAGAGAGCAGCUACAACCUGGUGGACCAAUCUGAGGAACAGGUCCAGGAGGGGGAGCACGAUGCAGGAUACUCGGAGGGUUACGGAUACGACUAUGGUUUUGAAGAAGACGAAUAUUUCUUUGACUACGAUGGAUUUGUUGGUCCUAAAGGAGAACAGGGUCCUCCAGGUCCCAUUGGCCCCCCAGGUCUCCCCGGACCCCCUGGAAAGAGAGGACUGCGGGGUCCACCUGGUCCUCACGGGAGUCCCGGGCCGCCUGGUUUACCUGGUCCAAAGGGUGCAAAAGGGGAUCCUGGACUGUCCCCAGGUCAAGCGCAGACGGGCGAUAAGGGUGAAAGAGGACGGCUGGGUCCACAGGGUCCUAGAGGUGAACCAGGUCUAAAGGGUCCCAAAGGCUAUCCUGGACCAGCAGGUCUGCCCGGAGAACAGGGUUUGCCAGGAUUGCCGGGCAUAUCUGGGGCAACAGGUUACCCUGGCAGGCAGGGUUUGGCAGGACCGGAGGGAAACCCUGGACCUAAAGGUGUCAAUGGCUUCAUCGGACCUCCAGGAGUUGCAGGACCGCCAGGACUGGAGGGAGAGCGAGGAAUUCCGGGUCCUGUGGGAAUCAAGGGUCCCAAAGGAAGACAGGGUGUUGUUGGCGAUGUGGGUGAGCGAGGGCCGCCCGGACCGGAUGGAAACGAGGGGCCCGUUGGAGGAACCGGCAGCAGUGGAUUCCCCGGCCUGAGAGGUGAUCCGGGGCCUGAGGGACCCCGUGGCUUCCUUGGCAUUGUGGGACCUCAGCCGUAUCAGAGUAAACGCAGAAGCAUCUGUGCGGCAAAUGUAUGA